UGUUUCAAACUUCCGCGUAGUUCGUAAUGCAAGUGGGAAUUUCCCGUGUGUUUACCUGAUUGAAUAUCAUCUGACGCUUAAGUAGACCGUUUUAUGACAGUGGUUUUCGUUUGCGAUGUGUUUUUCAACUUUGUACUUGCUUUCUCUUUCAUGGAUUUAAAUUGAACGGUAUGAAACAUCACAUCACUAGCAAACAUGGACUUAAAAGCGGUAUGUAUUCUGUUGCUACUGACAACGGUGAAGGAAGUCAGAGGCCAAAACAAUGCCGGUCUAAAGCUGACGGUUACUAAGGAGAUAUUGGACAAAGUGAACGCCAUGGAGCUACAACGCCUGCAGACACUUCUGACCACGGUUAAGCUAGACGAUGCCUAUGACGAUGGGGGAGACUUCUCCUGGAGGAUCUCAGGUAUUCAAAUAUCCAGUGCGGGGACGCUAAGUUCUAGUGUGCAGUUACGGACCGGAAGUUUCAGCUGGUCCCUUCAGAUCAGCAGCCUUGAGAUAAACGCCAACUGGAAAAUGAAAUAUGAUCCAGGCCGCUGGCUCCCCACAGUGAGGGAUAGCGGCAGGCUAUCUACCAGCGUACGUCAGUCCGGGAUCACUUUAACCGUUCAGCCGGUUGUUGAGACCGAAAGUCUACAAGUGAACCUGCAGGACUGCUCCGCCUCUCUUUCCGGUCUGGAGGUCUCCUUUGGUGGAAGUAUCCUCAGUCGCUUCUAUGAGUUGGUCGCAAAUGCUUUCGAAGGCGACAUUCGGCGACAACUGGAAAGAGCGAUCUGCAAAUCGAUUACCAGAUCCAUGGGAGACGUGCGCAAGACGCUGACCGAUGUGCAAACAACCUCGAACGUGCAUGUGUUCAAUACUGAUUUCACUGUGGACUAUGGUGUUGCAGCCGUUGAAGUGACCAGCGAUCAUAUAGCAACCUUCCAUAAGGGGACCGUCAUCUUUGCUGGACAAACGUUUCCAGUUCAUGUGACCCCUUUUAUACAAGCCAUGCCUACAUCAGGUGUGAGUUUCGAUCUGGCGGAGGAAUUUUUCAACAACGUCUUGACGACUGCCUUAAAAAAUAAUUUCUUAGACGCGUUUGCCGACUACGCGAAGGUUAAACGCAAGAACCUGAAGUUUAUGUACCUGACGUGUGACAACGCCUUCUGUCUUGGUCGUCUGCUACCGCAGGCGAAGGACCGGUGGCCAGAAAGGGUGGUGGGUGUACGUGUGUAUGUGAGUGACUCGAACCUGUCACUUGACACUCUGGGAGCGACCCUGAACAUCCGGGGCCGCUUCAAUUUUUCCGCUGAAAGCGCCACCCAAGCGGAUCCGAUGUUCUCCGCCAUCUUUGACUUUGCGUUGCCAGUACAAGUAAAAUUCUUCAACGGUUUUAUUUCUGCUAAGCUUGCAAAUGCUAGCGGACAGAUUGUUAUAGACCAGUCACAUAUUGGGAAGAUUCUGAUUCCUGGACUGCGAAAUCUCUUUGACGUUAUGACACCGAAUUUUACUCGACUUGGUGUGGAGACCUUGAACUCGUCCCCGGUGUCCACUGAACUGAAACUUCCGAAAGACGUCAUGUUUCAAACCAGCAGUGUACAGCUGUUUCCGAAAAAGCUACGUGUAAACGCAGACCUCUGUCAGAAAGGUACGUCCGGUUGCUCCUAUUCCGCCAAGGACGAAUGGGUGGGCAGAAGCGACGGUGGAGCGAUUAGUGUUGUUGACACUAUAACCACCACCACAAGUACAACCACAACAACCACUACCAUACAAACACCAACCACGACAAUCACAACCACUACAAUCCGGCAAACCGCCAGAACCACGACCACUACAACGCCGAGGACAAGUACGACGCAGAAGCAAACAGAAGCACCGACGACCAAACCUGCAACCAAAUCAACAGAACCAACAUCGAAGCCAGUUACGGUCAAACCACCCGAACCUUCUACAGAAAACGCCCAAACCACAAAUUAUGCACCCAUGUCCUCACCGAUUAUUACCACGUCGAUAAACAAACAUGAUCAAACACCUGAUACGGUUUUGAGAUACAACGGUACGCAUAAUACAAAUAACUCGACGCGCCGCCUUAUCGUUGAUUUAUCUAUCGGAAAGAAAUCGGCCAACAGCCCGCUAACUUCAACCAAGAACCCGGCUAAAACGAACGGAGCCCGUGCUAUGAACAUGGCCUUGCUUUUGCUACUCGUGUGCAUUGUUUUGUCGAAGUUCAAAAACUUUAUUUAAAACUGCGAAAUCACUGAUUUCAGUUCGCUUGAAAACACAAAAGAACGUUUCAUUCGGCUGAAAUCAACAAAAUAUAUGUUAAAAGCAGGAAUUCUUGACAUAGUGUAUACUCCUUUAAAUUUGUUAAAUACUCAACUUAUAUACGACCGAUAUUUACUGGUAUUUAAUUGCCAGUAUUAAACAGUUCAAAAUACUGAAUACUGUCUAUGGAAAUUAUUUUCUGUAUGUGUGCUAUAUCUAUCAAACAGUUCAAAAUACUGAAUACUGUCUAUGGAAAUUAUUUUCUGUAUGUGUGCUAUAUAUAUCAUAUGUACUCGAUCCAUCACAUACGUAUAUUGUAUAUAUCAUAUGUGCUCGAUUCAUCACAUACGUGUGCUUUAUAUAUCAUAUAUGCUCGAUUCAUCACAUACGUGUGUUGUAUCUACCAUAUGUGCUUGAUUUACCACAUACGUGUGUUUUAUCUAUCAUAUGUACUCGAUUCAUCACAUACGUGUGUUGUAUCUAAAAUAUGUGCUUGAUUCACCACAUACGUGUGUUGUAUCAAUCAUAUGUGCUCGAUUCAUCACAUACCUGUGUUGUAUCUAUCAUAUGUGCUUGAUUCACCACAUACGUGUGUUGUAUCUAUAAUGUGCUUGAUUCACCACAUACGUGUGUUGUAUUUAUCAUUUGUACUCGAUUCAUCACAUACGUGUGUUGAAUCUAUAAUAUGUGCUUGAUUCACCACAUACGUGUGCUGUAUCUAUCAUAUGUGCUCGAUUCAUCACAUACGUGUAUUGUAUCUGCCAUAUGUGCUUGAUUCACCACAUACGUGUGUUGUAUCUAUCAUAUGUGCUCGAUUAAUCACAUAUGCAUGUUUUAUCUAUCAUAUGUGCGCGAUUCAUCACAUAUGAGUGUUGUAUCCAUCAUAUGGGCUUGAUUCAUCAUAUAUGUGUGUUGUAUCUAUAAAUAAAUGUGUGUUUGAUUCAUCACACACCUGUGUUGUAUCUAUCAUAUAUGCUUUAUUCAUCACAUACCUGUGUUGUAUCUAUCAUAUGUACUCGAUUCAUCACAUACAUGUGUUGUAACUAUAAUAUGUGCUUGAUUCACCACAUACGUGUGUUGUAUCUAUCAUAUGUGCUCGAUUCAUCACAAACGUGUGUUGUAUCUAUCAUAUGUGCUUGAUUAUCCACAUACGUGUGUUGUAUCUAUCAUAUGUGCUCGAUUCAUCACAUAUGCAUCUUUGAUCUAUCUUAUGUGCUCGAUUCAUCACAUACGUGUAUUGUAUCUAUCAUAUGUGAUUAAUUAAGCCAAGAUCGCGGACAAAUUAUGAAAAGCCGCAACUUCAACAAAACACCCACAAAAUAUCUUAUGCACCAUGGAAACAACAAUCGAAAGCGCCCAUCGAUUUCCGAGGUAAAAAUAGAUUCGAAGUAUUGAACAGUGACCAAGUAGAUACGCCGCAAAGGCGUAGGCAGCUGAUUGAACGCUCGCCCCGAACCCAUGUAGACGAAACAGAGCUUAAAAGGCCUCGAGAACAAGAUUCAACGACUUCCACCGACCUUGUACAAAUGCCCGAGAUUCUCGAGCAACCCGAGCCAAUUAUCAAACAACGUUCUCAGUUUAACACAUCUGUGCAAUAGGACGCACAGGGAGAGAACCGAUGCUCUUUACACAACAAUAAACACGGAUCAGUUAGUCGAUGUGUGAGAGAAUUAAAAUUUCGCUCUUUGAACGUUUGCGGACUGAGAUCGAAACAGCUUUGUCCAGAUUUGUAUUCAAUGUUAUGCAAUUAUGAUAUUAUUUGGUUACAGGAACUUAAAACUGACAAUUAUGAUGAUUUAGAAUUAAACGAGUUUAAAAUGCAUUUUAAAAAACAGAAAAGAAUUCUCUGUACGUAAAUCAGAAGGAAUAUGUCUCGCUGUUAAAAACGAAAUCAGCAAAUAUGUCACAGUUAUUCAGUCAAGCAGUAAAUUUGUAUUGUGGUUUAAACUGUCUAAACAUUUAACAAAAAAUGAGGAUAUUCA